CAGCGCUCGUUUCUUCUGAAUUGCACAUUUGAUACCCCCAGAAGCUACGCAUUAUGUGUAGCAAGUGGGCGCAACACAUUUUCUGAAUCCGGCUCCGGCGUGCCGACGACACCGAUGCCCACAGACCGAUCACAGGGCUUUCACCCGAACAGCACUGAACUGUAGCAGCUGAGAGACGGAUGCGGAGCGAGGGUUGCCAAACCCGGAGGAUUUCUCACGGCUCACGGACUAGAAUGAUCUUCUCUAUGUGUCCCCAUGAGCGGAUGACAGCCUCCAAACAAUCCUAUACUGAAAACUUUGAGCUCUCCGUUUGACGCGGGGGUGUUAUUGAGAUUUUUUUCUUCCCCAAACCAGGUCCAAGAGCAGACAUCAUGCAGGUGCAAACUGUGGGCUAACGAAAUGACUUGCUCGGCGCUGACGCGUUUCAUUGUGCCAUGCCAACCCCGCAUUGUCAGAUGCCAUUUUACUCUGCGUCUGGAAUUCCAACAUACUGGGCCUGUUGUGUAAUUAGAAGUUCGUGAGGCAGUAGCAAACAAGCUGGUGCAAUGAGAAGCUACGCGGUCCAAGACAUUGUGCGCAAUUUGUGCUGAAGCUUAUGGGUCCUGCAUACUCAAGCUCCCGGCUUCCACUUGGAGAGGUGUGCUGCGGGGCUACAGCGCACUGGCUGUCGGCUUCACAUCUGGACCGCUUGGGUACUGUCAUCUGCGGCCUGUUCGGACCGUGCACUCCCUGAACUUGUGUGCUAAAGGGGAACUGACUGACUGCCUCGGAUGGUGUCGUGUUAGGGAGAAGGGGUGCAUAUUUGGCUGACGUUAUAGGUGAUCCACUAGAACACCGCGGUCCAAAGCUGGACUGGCUGACUACUCAAGGAAAAACGCUUAUCCAGCUAUGGAUUUUGCGUAGCGAAGUCACGCAUUUUUAAAGGCAACGCUAGGGUGACAUUGCAGUCUUCUCACCACAUCGGUUAUUUCGUCGUCCGACAAAAAAUAAAAGAGUGAAAGUGGAGUAUUGUCCGUCGUACGUAUCAACGCAGUGGGAUUUCUACGUCUGGUCGGCGUUCCCCCCCACCCUUCCCGCGGUGACGGUUAUGGGUCGGAAGCGGUGUGUCGGUGCAGAUUGUUCCAAGAUGGCGGCCGGGUGCUGCGGGGUGAAGAAGCAGAAACUGUCGGGAUCGCCCGGGUCGGGGGGUCCCGGCGGGGUGGGGGCGGGAAGCGGGGUGGCAGGAACCGGACAUUGUGGCUCGGAGUUGGGGAUUGGCUCCUCCGCGACUGUUGCAGCGGCGGCGAACGUGAGCAGAGCCAACGGCCUGGGGGGACCCGGGGGUAACGUUAGCGGCAGCAGUAGUAGUAGUGGUAGCAGCGGCACAAACGCUCUGUCCCCAGCCCCGGCCGGUUACACUACAUCCGGCCUCUCUCCGAAUCUCAGCCCGGGACCUGGUUCGGGAAGUGGAGGCAGAAAAAUGGUCGUCUCAGCGGAGAUGUGCUGCUUCUGUUUUGACGUGCUUUAUUGCCAUCUGUACGGAUACCAACCUCCGAGAACACCCAGGUUUACAAAUGAUCCCUACCCGCUGUUUGUCACAUGGAAAAUAGGCAGAGACAAGCGGUUGAGGGGUUGUAUAGGUACAUUUUCUGCCAUGAAUCUGCACUCAGGACUCAGGGAGUACACCCUUACCAGUGCCCUUAAAGACAGCCGCUUCCCCCCUAUGACAAGGGAUGAGCUGCCUCGCCUCUUCUGCUCAGUGUCUCUUCUCACCAACUUUGAAGACGUCGGUGAUUACCUUGACUGGGAGGUGGGUGUUCACGGUAUUAGGAUAGAGUUUUUCAAUGAAAAAGGAUCAAAACGCACCGCCACCUACCUACCAGAGGUUGCAAAGGAGCAAGGUUGGGACCACAUUCAAACCAUAGAUUCCUUACUACGAAAGGGAGGUUACAAAGCUCCCAUCACAAACGACUUCAGGAAGACCAUUAAGUUAACCAGGUACCGUAGCGAGAAGAUGACGAUGGGUUAUGCAGAGUACAUCGCCCACCGCCAGCACCAUCACUACCAGAAUGGCAUUGGGCACCCUCUACCACCCUACAACCAUUAUUCCUGACAGCGAGCCGCAUGACCAAUCAUUGGACCUCUCCGCGGACCUUUUCCCAGGAGAGCCUGCCCCCUCCUGGUCUAGCUAUUUCUACUACUGUACCAUUUUAUGAUGAUAGUUUCCGUUGCCAUGCUGGCCGUCUCCCAGACGUUGACAUGGCAACGGGUGGCAACGAAGCAUCAUUUGAUUAUGGCAAGAAAUCCACACGUUUUUUUCUUUGCCUGUGGUUAAGUUUUUGCAGCAUAUGUAUACCUAUAUCUAUAACCCCCUUCAUAUUUUUGAAACGAAACAAAUAUUAGAUUUUAUUAAUCUUUUCAGCAAACCUAAUCAGGUGUUUGAUUCUGUGGAUGGAAGGAAGUCGCUUACGGUGGUAAUUAGUCUCGCGCUUCUAUUGUUUAGGCUUUGCUACAAUUUUACAUUUUACUAAAAAAAAAAAUCUUAGUUUUUUUCCUCAUUUUCUUUAUCUUACUAUCCGGACAUGUACUACCAUGUAGCAAGGCAACUGCAGUUCUCAAAGGCUGUGUCGUCUCUACUCUGAUUCCUCUCAAAAAACAAAAAACUAACAAAAAAAGACUGUUGAGGUUGUUUUAGCCUUGUAAACUCUUGUAGUGUUGUAGUUGGAACUAUGUAUUGGGAUAUGUAUACUCCAAAGUAUAGAUAGUAGGAUUGUGAUGCCCUUUGACCAGCCUUUGCUGGUGCCGUUUAUUGAUUGAGCUCACAAUCGUGUGUGUAUGUCUGUGUGUGGAUAUAGACAUUGGUCUGCCACAAAAUAAAAAUCAGUAGAGCCAAUUAGAAAUUGGAUUUUACCUAAAGAGUCCGUACAGAGAUUUGUUUGGAAACCUCUCCCUCUGAGUAUUCAUAGUGUUUUCUGGUGGAACCUGUAAACCUUGAACUGCAUUUGUUUGGCUCGAGCUUAAAGCUACGUUCCCUCUUUAUUUUUUCUUUUAACUUUUUCAAAUUUAAGGUAAUUGCGGAGGAAGCCAUUUUGUCUGAGGAUAAUCACGUCCGCGCAGGUGAUUUGUUAAUUAUCUUUGAAAAAUGGGCUCCAAGUGGGUCUGAGUUCCCCGCAUUGGAGAGGGGGAGCAGACGGAACUACAGGUCCCUAUAUUUAAAAAAAAAAAAAAACCUUAAGCUGUGCAUGAACAGUGCUUUCAUUUAAAUUAAAAGUCCGUUGGUUUCUGAGUUUACUGGCAGGGAGUCACUUGACAGGGACAUGCUAACUACUUAAAGCCAUAUUCUCUUAUCUUUAGUCCACACUUUGUGAGAGGAGUCUGUUGUUUGGCUUGAAGUGUUUGCAUUUGGUAGACAUAUUGGGUCUUCUUCAGCCUCUGAAUGCAAACGUACGUGGCCGGCUUCAGGCCAGGCUGCGUCACUGAAUACUCGUCUAACCCGGCGGUUUCAGUCAUUUGUCGGACGUCUUGUAUGUUGCCUGUGUAGUUGUGGAAACAUUGUCUUGCCUUUUCAGAUUAUAGCUAACCAUUGUCACUCGUCCACCAAGUAUGAUGUAUUAAAAAUGUCAUUUUGAAUGAAGACGCACCACUUGACGCACAAAAGCAGCGAUCUACGUAACAUGUUUGUGUCAUAUAGAAGUGCAUGUCAUGUUUAGAAACUGAAGCUGUCGCCGGAGCGCAGCGAGUUGAUUUAGUUGUUGAAACCGCACUACCACCGUUCUCCUCUAUCACUCUGCUCCUCAGUGAGAUCCCUUCGAUGUGUGUGUCCACGGCACAGGGAAUGUUUUGAUUUGUGGUCUGUUUUGUCAGCUGUUUGGCAAACGGUUGAAUUAGUCGGAACAGAAUCUCUGCAUGGGGGCCGAGCAGCCUGCAGUUGAGGUCUGCACAUAUAAAAAGCCAGGGCUUUGUAAGGACUUAAGAAGCCAUUUCCCAUCCAAAUAUUACUCGUCGUGAGUCACAUACACACACACACACACACACCAGGCUAGUUGGGUUUACUUUUCCAGAAUGUUUGAGCUGUCGAGGAUCACGGUGCGAUCCGCUCGUUUUGGUUUUUAGUUUGCUAACUGGAAUUUUUGAGAGGUUCUUGUUACUUGACCAACAUCUUUCUUCGUAACAGCCUUUACUAACUGACAGGUUAUUUUUUUCUUUAUGCAAAAUGUCAAGGGCUUUUGGCACUCCAUCCACAGUAACCCGAAAUGACCCAGAUUUCAGUUGUGUUGCCUUAAAUGAAUGAUUUAAUAAAUAAUGGACCAGUAGGUGAUGCUCUGAGUGUUCCUCUGAACCAUGGUUUGCUCUUCUCCAGCUUCAUGUUCACACCACAGUGUGGGAAAGAGCCUCUGCUGGUGGUUCCAUCAGUUUGAAUGCUCAUGCUAGUGUUUUCUGAGACAUACAGAGGAUCCUGUAUGACUCCUCCUAGCCCAGCUGGUUCCACACAUAGACUUCAUAAAGGCGUUCUCUUAAAACAAUUUUGGGGACUGUGGUGGUGUUCUCUUAAUGUUUAAACCAUGGGAAGACAGCUUUAUGCCUCCAGAAAAAUGUAUCCUUAUCUGCAAAGUACACUACAUAUAGAGGAGGAGCAGUCAGGCGUUCGUUUCCUGGUCCAUUUAAUACAGCACAACCUGAAUUUUUCUGCUGCAAAACCAAAUUGACCAUGCUCUUUUACAUAUAUGUCUUUGUAUACACAUGCAAUGUAUUUAGUUGCAUGUAUGUAUGAGUAUGAGACCUAUGGUUUUAUCCAUGAUAUGCUUGAUCUAUGGCUUAGACACUCUUAUUAACCAUUAAGAGAUUUAAAAGACAAAUAUGGUGCUAUCGGACCUCAUAUUGGGGUGGUCACAGCUCGUGACUGGUCAUGCGGACUCAUUGAUCAUAUCAUACUUAAAGAUGCUGCAUGUAAGAUUUUCUCUUCGGUGCGUUGCUGUGAAACGAGUCAUAACGGCACAUUUUAUUUCCGAAGGAUCACCAUUAGAAGCAGUAGCCCCAAGAGAAGAGCCUCCGUUCAGUCCAGUGUGGUUGAUUUUGGGAUCAAUUCCCUAUGGGAAAACCAGACAGAUAUUCAGACUCAUGUAACGAAGAAGGAAAAGUUCCAGCAGCAUCACGUCACCGGGGCUAUGGAAUGUACUGUUAAUGGUCGUUAUUACACUUCAGCAGUGAUGUGCUGAGAGAAAAUCCUACAUGUGUUACCUUUACUAUCCUUGAUAUAUGCAGAUCUGUUCAACAGGUGUUUUGUUUUUCCUACCAGUGCAAGUCAACACCCCUGCAGGUUUGAAAGGACAAGAAGUCACACGUUAACCUCCUUCCCCUCGAUUCCUCCCGACACUGUGGCCCAACCUCAUGGCCUAGCUUGUCAAGGUGUGAUGCGUGUUGCUCGGUAGAAGGCGGCAGUAGUAGUGGUCGUUGCCUCUCCUGGAAGAUUGGGUGCUGUGUUUACAGAGCACAUCCUUAGUUUUCCUUCUAGCUGCUGAAUCGUUUGACCUCCUCUGAAAGGGCAAGGUUUGAGUUGUUGACUAGAUGGUGUUGUCGAGGCCCUCGCCGCCUCUUUUAAACUAUGUCGAAGGAAAGCAUCUCCGGCAGCGGGAUGAAGAGUUAAAGCAGAGUAUAGUCCCGCUUCUGUACUGAUUAACUGUUUAAAGCAUUGAUACCUCAUAGGAUCUUAUGGAACGACAUUUGUAGUUUGUUGUAGCAGAUCGUGUUUUGGUUCCAUACCAGGGUUAGAGUUCAGCCUCAGCAUUCCUUCCGUGGUCAUUCUCAUAUUUCGUGGAAUGCUCAAGCUCAUGUUACCUUCGUAUGUUUGACUGAACCAAAGAUGCCAGCGGCCAUGCCCAAAUGCUGCUCUUCAGGCCUGGCUUCCUGUCCUUCCAAAAAACACCCCUGCAAUUGACAAGAUGUUCUUUAUGUCUUUUUAUUUGUGCGAUUUCUCAACUGUCUUGACUUAUGAAGCAACCCGAUUUUUUUUCAAUGAAUUUUCAUUGAGUCUAUCUCUGAAGCCGUACUUGGCAUCAAGGAUGGUAAAAAUGGUUGCAAAUUGUUGUGACUUGUUUUGUUUAUUAUUAUUAUUAUUAUUAUUAUUGCUAUAAUUUCAAAAAUGAAAAUCCCAUGGUGUGCCUCCUAGCUUUAUGGGUUUAUAAAUGUUUUUUCCCUAAAGACCAGCAGUUAUACUUUGUAUAAAAGAUGGAUUUUUCCUUAUUUUUUAUGCCAUUAAAGAUGAAAAAGCCUGUUUUCUUUACUCUGGACCCAGUAGCUGCACUGGUAUACAAUCGCACUGAUAGAAGAGUUAAAAAAAAAAAAGAAUAAGUGAAUCAAUAAUAAUAAUGAUAAUGACAAAUGAAAUAAGAACUACAAUACACUUGUGUUUGAAACUUUUAUUAUAAAAGCUAUUAAAAAAGAAAAUAAAAAAGAAAAUGACUGUUUUUGUACAUCAAAAUAAAUUCUUUUCAAAAGAAUAUUUUGGAUCUAGUUUCAAAAUUAUUUUAGUGGUUUUCUAUGUUCUGAAUUUUUGAGACACUGACUUCUAAGACGUGUCACUGUACAAAAUGACUUUUUUCUGUUGCAGUGGCCUGAUGGGCUGGGAGGGUUACCUGGUGUAACUCCUCAUACCAACUUUUAUUUCUUUUCCUUUGGAUCUUUUGUUUUUCUUCUGCUUUAGUAAUUUGAAAAAUGUUGAUGGAAUAAUAUGAAAUGGGAACUUCAAAUCCAUCCCCCUGUAGAGCUAGACCCUUCCUCCUUUCCUAUUGAAUUGCUGUUAGUGUGACGAGACUUGAAAUGGGCAUUUAUUAUGAUAGUAUGACUCCAAAAGAAAAAAAAUCACAAAAAAUAUACACACAAAAAAAACAAAAGGAAAAAAAAGCAAAAAAUUGCAAAACAAAAGUGCGGGGAGGGUUGAAAGAAUAUAUAUAGAUGGGUUAUCUGAGUAUGUAAGCAAUGGCUGUGAAGAUAAUGUAGUUUUAAACAUUGUUAUUACCUUUUAAAAUCAUUUAUUCAAUAAAAAAAUACAAAAUCAA